AUGCAAGGAGUCAGAUUGUCCAAGAAUAUCUCGGCUUUGUCGUGGCUGGAAUAUCUCCUUGAACGGAUGGAGCCCACCCAGGCGUCUUUCUUGGCGAAUGCCUACUUUGUUGGCUUCCGCAUGAUGCCUGUGGUGGCGCUGGCUGCAUGCAGCGCUGGCACAGAUGUGCGCCGGAAGCAGGAGCCGGAAGCGAUUGGCGACCGGGAGCUCAUCAUGAUGCCGCCUGUGUCCAUGCGAACUCGCAUAUCUUCGGAAUAUCCGUCGCAACGGCCUUUGCUCGAUCGCGAAGGCCUUCACUCAGUCACCUGCUCGCAGUAG